GCCUAUUUAAAACCAUGUAAUUCUUAUAUUCUCUCUAGUUUUGUUUUUGUUUAUUAUUGAGCCAAGCAUUUCUACCCCAUCUCCCUUUGCAUUCAAAGCACAUGAGAGAAAACCCUUUUUUUGUUUUGUAUAUCAUCCCCCCCUCCCCUCUUUUUUAUUAAUGACAUGUUCAGAGAAUUAAAGAUGGAUUGUUUCUUCACUUGAGAAACCCAAUGGCUGAGCGAACAACUCUUGUCCUUUCAAAUUCAAGAAACUUUGGUAUUUAUGCCUUUUGUUAAAGAUUAUAUUUCACUUUCCUUCUGACACCUUCUAGCUGUAUUUCUGCUGAUUCAAGCCAGAAAGUCUUAAUGGCUUAUAUAUUUUAGAUUUCCAGUUAGCAGGACUUGCCUCUUGCCAUUAAAGAUAAAGUGAAGUGAGUCCUUUUUUUGUAGCUUUCAAGAAUUGAGAGUUACAGCAAUGGAGUCUUCCCAUGUUUUUGGAGGAGCAGAAGAGUGUCACAGCAGCGAAUCUGGAUGGACUAUGUAUCUUGAUUCCUCUAUACAUGGUGGUAACAAUCAACUUAGCUACAAUGAUGAAGAAGAUGAUCAUCAUCGAUAUCAUGGUGGCGGCAGUGGUAAAUACUACUAUCAGGAAGAAGACAGUGAUGAUUCUAUGGCUUCUGAUGCUUCUUCUGGUCCAAGUCUGCAAGGCAUGGCUCAAUUCAAAAGCAAGCAAGAGAAAGAAGAUUAUGAGGAUGACGGGAAGUACUACUCCACAAGUAAACUUAACAAACAAGUGGAGAAGCAAAAGAAAACAGCUCAAAGGAGGAGGAAGGAUGAGAAGAAAGAAGAAGCUGGAUUCAAUGCAGCAAGAGCUAAUAGUAAUGCUAAUAACAGUACUCCUGCUCAAAGUGGUUCCAAGGUAAGAAAAAGCAUUUGGAUGGGGAAAAGAAAAUAGGUUUAGUUUCUUUUUUUCUCUUUGGUUCUUUUUCUUUUUGGGUUGUUCUUGCAGGAUAUGUAGGAGACAGACCUAUUGAGCUGAAAAUAUAGAGAGCAGAAGAGAAAAAAUAGGCUCCAAGUUUUAUCAUAUAUAUAUAUUUUGUUACUA